GAAAUCCUUUAUCAGGAAGACUUUAGAUAGCGAAUAAUUUUAAUGAUAAAAAAGAAAGAAUUUUCAACACUGAUCGAAGAAUGAAAGUCAACACUUUAAGACUUUUCCUGAAAGAGCCGCUAGUAUCGCAUGGCAUCGUAACCGGAAGUGCGUAUCCGAUAGACAGGCGUUCACGUAGAAUUUAGUCUAAUUUCACUCAUGCAUAACCUCAAAAAGUCAGCUAAUGAUGUCGAUGAUGUUUUUAUGAACAAUUAACAACAAAACAUAAACAGCUGGAAUCUUUUGAUAUUGUGGUUACAGAAAACCUCUAAAAAAUGGAGGAACAAGAUAUACCAAUCGACAUAAAUUCCGGCAAGUUAUUAGAAUGGUUAACGAAUAGAAGGCACUGCAAUAAAGAUUGGCAGACAAAUAUCCUGACGAUUAGAGAAAAAAUUAACACUGCAAUCCAGGAUAUGCCAGUUCACGAAGAAAUAGCAAAGCUUCUUUCUGGAACUCAUAUAAACUUUUUCCAUUGUAAGAAAAUAGUUGAAAUUCUCAAAGAGACAGAAGCAGAUACAAAAAAUUUAUUUGGUCGCUACGGUUCUCAGCGAAUGAAGGAUUGGCAGGAAAUUGUCAAGUUGUACGAAAAAGAUAAUUUAUAUCUUGCUGAAGCUUCGCAAAUGUUAAUUAGGAAUAUAAACUUCGAAGUUCCCGGAUUUAAAAAGCAAAUUCAAAAGUUGGAGCAAAUGCAAAACGAAUUGGAGAAAAAGGAAGUGGAUUAUAAGAAAUCUGAAAACUUAGCCCAUUCCGAAUUUAAUAUGAUUUGCAAACAGUUAGGAAUAAGUGGUAAUCAGAUUAAGAAAGAAUUGGUUGAACGGGUAAAAGAGUUGCCAGAUAUUUAUCAAAGUGUAGCUAAAAAGACGAAGUCGAUAGGAAAUGUUGUUGAAUUUUACAAUGCAUUUGUUGAAUACACGCUUGGAAGAUCACACAAUGGCGGUUGUGUUCCAAUAGUGAAUUACGUAAUUGAAAAGGGCAACACAACAACUUAUGAAUGGACAUAUGGCGAAGCUCCUUUAUCUAUUGUCGAGUCACCAUUGGAUAUUAGUCUCGACGAUGAUGAAAGACAAUUCGAUGAUACUCAGAUCGAUUUUGGUGACAACUCAGUGGAAGGUGUCAAUAUUAGUGGAUUGGAUUUGAAUGAUACGAUUGAUUUUGGAGAUGUGAGUUUGGAAGAGGGGGAAAUAGAUUGGGGCGAUGUGAACAUAGACCAAAUUGUGGAGGGUGAAAUCGACUAUAAUAUUUCACUCGAAUCUGGAAUUGUCGUCGAAGCUGAUGGAAAUGACGGAGGAGUCGCAACUGGAAAGGAAGCUUUGACAAUUUUGGAUAAUCCGUCGACAAGAAACGAUUUUAUUGAUCAGCUUUUUGAGCUUGAGGCCUUUUUGAAAUUAAGACUCUACGAGUUUAAAGGAGAUAAUAGCAAGAAUCUUCUAAGCAUGAGUCAAAUGCAAGAAGCCUCUUCAAUUCUGCAACUUGCUACUUUAGACAGCACCCAAAAUAUGCUGGACAAUGUGCAAAUCAUACUCUCGGAAAUUUUGGAUUCGAGAGUGCAACAUCUUCAUAACAUCAAGCAUUCGCCAAGAUAUGUCGAUGCUCUGACUGCAACUUUGAAACAAAAACUUGCACUGGUCGAGAAAAUGAAGUCCUUGCAAACAGUGACGAGGGAAAAAAGGGACGUAACGAGAAAACAAGUUCUUGAAAUUCAACCUGUGUUGAAAUUGGUGAUACAGAGGACACGCGAACUUCAAAACGAAAUUGAAAAGGACAUUUCGAAAAAAUACAAGAAUAGGAUCGUGCAUUUGACUGGAGGCGUGAAUACUUUGUAAAUUGAAGUGCUUCUCUUCUGAAGGUUAAGGGUUCGUUGAAUAUAUAUUUUUUUCAAAAGGAAGAGAAUGAAACUAAGUUUAUGUAAAUUCUACGAGCGUAUUAGUUAGGUAAGAAAAUAUAUCGCACGAUUUAUUAUAA